CGGCGGCGGCGGCCCGAGCGGGAGCCCGAGCGGAGCCGGCGGCCGCGGGAGCGGCGGGGAGCGCGGGGGCGACCCGGAGCACGCCGGGGUCCCCGCGCCCCGCUCGCCCGCCGCGCUCCGAAGAUGGUGGCGGCGCCGUGCGCCCGGAGGCUGGCCCGGCGCUCGCACUCGGCGCUGCUGGCGGCGCUCACCGUGCUGCUGCUGCAGACGCUGGUCGUGUGGAAUUUCAGCAGCCUCGACUCCGGGGCCGGGGAGCGCCGCGGGGGCGCAGCAGCCGGCGGUGCGGAGCAGCCGCCCCCGGCCCCGGCCCCGCGCCGCGAGCGCCGCGACCUGCCGGCCCAGCCGGCUGCAGCCCGAGGCGGAGGAGGCGGCGGCGGAGGAGGAGGACGCGGGCCCCCGGCGCGGGCGCGGGGAGGCGGCCCGGGAGAACCCCGGGCGCUGCAGCCGGCCAACCGGGGGGCACUGCCCGUCCGGGCGCUGGACCCGCAUCCGAGUCCACUGAUCGCUCUGGAGACCCAGGAUGGCUACUUCUCUCACCGGCCGAAAGAGAAAGUGCGGACUGACAGUAACAAUGAGAACUCGGUCCCCAAAGAUUUUGAGAACAUCGACAACAGCAACUUCGCCCCCAGGACUCAGAAGCAGAAGCACCCGGCUGAGCUGGCCAAGAAGCCCUCGAGCAAGCAGAAGGAGCUUUUGAAAAAGAAGCUGGAGCAGGAGGAGAAGGGGAAGGGACACUCCAAAGGUGUCAACGAGGUGCUGCCUCCUGGCGAGAGGGUGGCAAGGAACAGCAGCCGCCCGAGGGAUGCUCCCAGACAACCCCACGCCAAGAGAAGCGGGGGCAGCUCCCCGGAGAUCAGGUACGACCAGCCCCCGAGGUGUGACAUCUCCGGCAAGGAGGCCAUCUCGGCCCUCUCCCGCUCCAAGUCCAAGCACUGUCGCCAGGAAAUCGCGGAGACCUACUGCCGCCACAAGCUGGGGCUGCUGAUGCCGGAGAGGGUCAAUCGGCUCUGCCCCCUGGAGGGCAAAGCCAACAAGAACGUGCAAUGGGACGAGGACUCGGUGGAGUACAUGCCAGCCAACCCGGUCAGAAUCGCCUUCGUCCUUGUGGUCCACGGCCGCGCGUCCCGGCAGCUGCAGCGCAUGUUCAAGGCCAUCUACCACCAAGACCACUUCUACUACAUCCACGUGGACAAGCGCUCUAAUUACCUGCACCGGCAAGUGCUCCAGUUCUCCAGGCAGUAUGCCAACGUCCGUGUCACCCCCUGGAGGAUGGCCACCAUCUGGGGGGGCGCCAGCCUCCUGUCCACCUACCUGCAGAGCAUGCGGGACCUCCUGGAGAUGAGCGACUGGCCCUGGGACUUCUUCAUCAACCUCAGCGCAGCUGACUACCCCAUCAGGACAAAUGAUCAGCUGGUGGCAUUUCUUUCCCGAUACCGAGAGAUGAAUUUCCUGAAGUCACACGGCCGGGACAAUGCAAGGUUUAUCCGGAAACAAGGCCUGGACCGGCUCUUCCUGGAGUGUGACGCCCACAUGUGGCGCCUGGGGGACCGGCGGAUCCCAGAGGGCAUUGCCGUGGAUGGUGGCUCUGAUUGGUUCCUGCUGAACCGGAAGUUUGUGGAAUAUGUGACAUUUUCCAAAGAUGAUCUGGUGACCAAGAUGAAGCAAUUCUACUCCUACACCCUGCUUCCUGCUGAGUCCUUCUUCCACACGGUCCUGGAGAACAGCCCCUACUGUGACACUAUGGUGGACAACAACCUGCGCAUCACCAACUGGAACCGCAAGCUGGGCUGCAAGUGCCAGUACAAGCACAUCGUGGACUGGUGCGGCUGCUCCCCCAAUGACUUCAAGCCCCAGGACUUCCAUCGCUUCCAGCAGACAGCACGGCCCACCUUCUUUGCCCGCAAGUUCGAAGCCGUGGUGAAUCAGGAAAUCAUCGGGCAGCUGGACUAUUACCUGUAUGGGAACUACCCCGCGGGCACCCCGGGCCUCCGCUCCUACUGGGAGAACGUCUACGAUGAGCCCGACGGCGUCCACAGCCUGAGCGACGUGGCACUCACCCUGUACCACUCCUUCGCCCGCCUGGGCCUGCAGCGGGCCGAGACGUCGCUCCACACGGACGGGGAGAACAGCUGCCGGUACUACCCAAUGGGCCACCCGGCUUCUGUCCACUUCUACUUCCUUGCCGACCGCUUCCAGGGCUUUCUGAUCAAGCAUCAUGCUACCAAUCUGGCCGUGAGCAAACUCGAGACCCUGGAGACAUGGGUGAUGCCGAAGAAAGUCUUCAAAAUCGCGAGCCCGCCCAGCGACUUUGGGAGACUUCAGUUUUCCGAGGUCGGCACUGACUGGGACGCCAAGGAGAGGCUGUUCCGCAACUUUGGGGGUCUCCUGGGACCCAUGGACGAGCCGGUGGGCAUGCAGAAAUGGGGGAAGGGGCCCAACGUGACUGUGACUGUCAUCUGGGUGGACCCCGUCAACGUCAUCGCGGCCACCUACGACAUCCUGAUCGAGUCCACUGCCGAAUUCACCCACUACAAGCCCCCUUUGAACUUGCCCCUGAGGCCUGGGGUCUGGACUGUGAAAAUUCUCCAUCACUGGGUGCCAGUUGCAGAGACCAAAUUCCUCGUUGCACCUCUGACCUUCUCAAACAGGCAGCCCAUCAAGCCGGAGGAAGCCUUGAAGCUGCACAGCGGGCCCCCCCGCGGCGCCUACAUGGAGCAGAGCUUCCAGAGCCUGAACCCGGUGCUCAGCCUGCCCAUCAACCCCGCCCAGGUGGAGCAGGCCCGGAGGCUCGCGGCGUCCACCGGCACGGCCCUGGAGGGCUGGCUGGACUCGCUGGUGAGCGGCACAUGGACCGCCAUGGACAUCUGCACCACGGGCCCCACCGCCUGCCCGGUCAUACAGACCUGCAGCCAGACGGCCUGGAGCUCCUCGAGCCCCGACCCCAAGUCGGAGCUGGGGGCCGUCAAACCCGAUGGCCGCCUCAGGUAGCACCGGGCACACCUGGGCCGCGGCAGGGUCUCCAAAGGGAAAGCAGCCAGAGGGUUGGCGGGACAUGCACCCCGCCUCCCACCCCAGGUGAGGGGGGCAACUUUUGCAAGAGGGACCCUCCUGGCCGUAGAAUGAUGGAGAAGGAAGGUUUGCCGACCACCUGCAUUUGGCCAGCUGGCUUCUGGGGGUGGGGGGGCUCAUUCCCGGCACAUGGUGGUCUCAGCUCUUCUGGUUGAUCCUCAAGUACGAUAGGUUCCUUCCAACCUUCCUAUGACCCGAACCCCCCAGCCCCCAACCCCUCAGACAAGUGAUUUUUACCAACUUUUAUUUUGAGCUGCAGAACUUCGUUCUCUAAGCGCGGUCUUAGAGGGAAGUUCUGGAUGUGGAUGAAGUCCGAGCUGCACUGGUUAAAGCUGGGGCAGGCGAGGUUCUUUCUGGAAGCUCAGCCUACUGGGCUGUCCAUUUGUGGAGGGUGCCUCCUAAGGUACCUCUUCAGAACCCAAGGGCUCUGCAAAGCAUUGCAGUUUGAAAAGUGUUGCCCAGCCGGUGGGUUUGCUCUCCAGCCCCACCCUUCGGCUCACCUCCCUGCAACUUUUGCUGGAAAAUCCUCCUGCCGGCCCUGAAAUGGCCAGACCACCAGAAGUCGGAGCCACCUGCCCUUCCCCAGGGAGACAGCAGACUUGGGAAGCCUCAGAGCCUCCCACGGGCCCUUCUCGGGUGGAGCCAUCUCCUUGGUAACUAGAUGAGCAGGAAAACCUUGGAAUCAGCCUGACCGAAGGCCACCCACAGGCGUGAUGCCCACUGCCCAGUGUUCCAAACAUCUGGAACUGACUUCCCUCAAGGCUGCCCCACGAGGCAGCUGGAAUCUGAUCAUGUCCGUGGACGUGCCGUCAAGUCUUUUAGCCAUGUAUGGGGAGGACACCAAAACUGGGACCUCUUGGGUCCUGAUAGCCAUGGAACUCCAAAGAGAAGGUUUGGAGCAAAAUUCUCGGGCUGGACAGUACAGCAAUACUGAUUGUCUGCCCUUCUGUUUGAGGCCAGGCUCUCACAUCUUUGGGAAUCGCAUGCUCGGCUCUGUUGGGAGUGACCAAGACGCAUGGACCAGACUUUUCACAUCCAGGAGAAGAAAAAAAAAAAAAUCACAGAUUUGGUUCUUAAAUUCAUGCCCUUCCUUAUCUAGGAUGCCAACAGGCCCAUCCUACUUACAGCAUAAAAGUGGGGAGGUCAAGUCUCUGGUUGCUUAAAAACUAAACAAUAGUAUUAUUCAAAUUGCUUGAGUUAUCAGAAAUCUGAAGGGGGUCCUGGCCACAUGCCCCUUUGAGAGCCACCCCUGCUAAGACCGGAGAGCCCCUUCUUCCUCCUCUAAUCCCUUCCUCCCUCAAAGGACCGAGUUCCCUUGGAAAAUCAUACCCCUGGUUGCAAUAUGUCCUUUCCGUGGAGAGCCCGGCCCGGUGUCUCCGCAACGCUGGACUGAAGGUACUGCAGCUUGCUUUGGAUGUCCUGCCACCUUGUUGCCCCCAGCCCACCCCAGCAAGGCAGGAUGUCCUCUAGAUCCUACAGGAGACAGAAGGGACGUUUUAGAUAUUUAUUAUUUAUAUGUUUUAGUCAAUGACUAAUUAGUAGGUGCUGUUUUUGCAGCUUGUCAAUUAUGUUAUCUCACAAUUUAAAGCUGCCUUUAUUCACAAAAGGCCCCCCUCCCCCCGUCACCUCCCUCGUCCCCAUCCCCCAUCUCUCUGUCCGUCUCUCUCUUGGUUUCUCUCCCUCUCUGUUCUGUCCCACAGUCCCCUUGUCCUCCGAGUAAAGCCAGGGUGUCAGACACCACGAGGAGAAAGUUUUGACCAGCAUCGUCCCCUGACUUCAAGCUGGGGCGCAUUGGGGAACAGUGGCGUCUUGUUUUUCCUCAGCCAGGGGUCUUAGCCUCAUCUAUUCCUCCAAUCCUGGAGCUGUGGGGUUUUCUGAGCCACCACCCUCCCCACCCCAGGCCAAAGACUCGUGAAUGGGGAGCGUGCUGAGUGCCCAGGGCUGGGGUCACCCCUGCUUCCUGCGUUGCUCACUUCCUGCAGCCAGUCUCUCCGGGAUCCCCAAUGUGAGGCAGCAAGACAUAGAGGGAAGCGGGCCCUUUCCAAGCCCAUCCUAGGUGACUGCACUCAGAUGGAAGAGCCCAGGGGAUCACCAUUGUCAACAGCAAUCCUAGGGGGUGGGGUGGAAGUAACCUCGUCUGGCUUUCUCGGAAAGCCAGUGUGGUCCGUGGAUGGUUUUGCAAACUCUGAGACCGGGAUCCCCGUGCCACACCCUGUCAAUGUCCCCAGCUCUCUGCAUCUAGGCAGGGUUUCCCCUGAGCAUUGGGCUGAAGAAGCCCCCGGGGGCCCCCUGCCUGGUCCCCCUCCUUGCCGUGCUGCCAGUUCUCUGUGUUUCCGCAGUGUUCUUUGCAGUGGCUUUGUCAUACAGUGUGAACCCGAAGACUCCAGAUUUGUCACUUGGCAGCACCCACUGACAAUCCCCCCAACCGCUCCAAGCUUCGCUCCCCAUUCACCCCAACUAAUUCAAGGAGCCAGGCUCUCACACGGGGUCUUCUUUUGUUUCCUCUCUUUGGGUGCAAGAGAUUAACUUUGCAGAUGUGACAUUUGGUUAAGAAAAAAAAAAAGAAUUUCAAACGGAUGAUUUGAGAAAAGAUGGUGUUUUUGCAGGGAAAGGAUUUGGACUCACUUUUUCUUUUCUAAUCUGUCUGAAAAUGAUUUAUUUAUUGGAGGACCACUGAUCAGGCAACCUUGAACCUUGACUGCCUGAGGAUUUCAAAAACAUGGGACCGUGGUCUUUGGAAACCCUUUACAGUCUGCAGGGGACAUAGCAUCUGGGGGCUGAGUGACUGGCCAGGUCCCUGGGGGGCUUAGAUGUUGGUUUGGGGGCAGGAAGACACAUUCAGUAGGCAUCUCCCCCACCCACCCAGUGCAGGCAGAAGGCAAGCUCAGGAGGCAGCCUUCCCGCACCCCACUCCCCACAGAUCCAAGGAGGAGGUGAGCAAUUUGCAGGGCCCCCAUCUUUAAAAAAGCAUACCAGUUCCUCCCUUUGGAAAAGACCUUUCUGAACAGAUCAGGAGUUAUGCGGACUUUGUUUCCCCCGCUGUUGGUUUAGUUUAUAAAAUGCCAAUGGAGUUAGGGAAGAUGAGCCUGGAGAGAGGCAGAUUGUAGCUGCCCUGGACACAUGCCUGGGUGGUGAGGACCUCACUUCCUUCUGGCUCUCUCGUGCGGGGAGCAAGUGAGAGACCAACUGGAACCUUGAUCUGUCUGUGCAGAAGGCAUGGAGUAGAGGAAAGCAGUAGUCACUGGGAGGAAAGGAAGGGGAGGGCAGGCAUGAGCAAAGACCCAGCUUAAUGAGGCCUCAGCACCCAAGCUCCCCAGCAACACCCAAAGAUUAUAUAUUAGAAAACAGCCAUCAAUGCUCUUAGCUUUACGGACGGCGAGGAAGGCCCGCCAUGUCAAAGUCAUGCUCUGUGGUAGGCCUCACAAAUCUCCGGGGGUCCCCCAGCAUAGACGGAUGAAGUUAGUUGGUGUAAGACGAGAGGGAGGGGUGGCGACUGCGGUAGACGGUGAACACGUGACCCAUCCAAACAGAGCAGCCACUACUCCGCUCCAGCCUGCCGUGGCAUGAGAGACAGCCUACCCGGCGUAGCACAAUCUUCCAAUUUCAGAAGGGAAGCUAGAAAUGGAAUUUUUAUAGGAAAGCUCCUGAGUUUUAAAUGUUGGCAAUUUUUUUUUUAAACAGAAUGUGAGCAAAGAAAACUUCUGCAGCUCAGCGCGUGAACUGCCAGCAGCCUCUGCUCUCUGCUGAGGUGAUUUAAAAUGAGGUUAGGCUUUGCUCAGGUGGAGGAGGAAAAAAGCCAGCAUUAGGAAAGGGCAAAAAUAAUUGCUCAUGUUGAACUCUGAAGGGAGUGGGAACCUCUUACUCGUGAUUCCCCUCCCAGAGACGAGGCACAGAGGGAGUGUCCUGUGAAGAACGGCUUGUUCAGGCCCUCCGGUCCACGGCAGUGUGUGCUGAGAGGAAAAGAACGGGAUUUGGAGAACUCGGCUGCUGCCCCUUAGGCAGCCAGGAGCCCCCAUCUGCCUCUGUCCACACCUUCCAGAAUCCCGUCCACACUCCAACAGAGAGGACAAGGUCAGGGUCCAGGAGUAGGGUUCGGUGUGACAGCAGCCUGUCUCUCUCCAAACCCCAAGUCUUGGCAGCCAUCUUGCCACAUCUCCAGAAGCUUCUAUGGAAGCUAUGUCAGAGCUGUCUUUGCUCACAGGAUGCUUUAGCCAGUCCUGUCCUCUUGCUUCUGCCUCAGUUACCUUAUUUUGCCCAUGGGUCUACCACAGGCGCUACCUCAUUGUGUCUGCCGAGUUUACCUGAGGGGGGUGGGGGUUGUGGAUAAAGGUGUCCAAAAUCUCCUUGAGCUGAAUGCACAAUCUAUGCAAAUUCUCUCUCUCUCUCUUUCUCUCUCUCUCUCUCUCUCUCUCUCUCUCUCUCUCUCUCUCUCUCUCUUCCCCCCGCCCCACUCUCUCCUGUCUUAGAAGUGUUAUUAUUAUUAUUUUUUUAAUCUUGCAAACAAGAUCCUGUGUAGGACAGAGGGGACUUUCACACACCACCUGUGUCUCCCCUGUCGUUGUCUUUGGUCCUCUCUUCCCACUUGGCUGGGGACACUCCAGCUGCCUCUGCCAACAGAAAGCUGGUUCUGCCCCUCGUCACCCUCAUCCCUAAUGCCAUCUUCUCCAUUCCUUGUUUUCCUCUGACUUCCUUCUCCCCUUCCCAUCCACCACCCCCCCCCCCCAAAAAAAAGCCUUAGGUUUCUGCUUUUUGAAAUGUGGCCUUAAAAUUAUUUUUGGAAAGCUGACCAUCCUCUCCUUUAGAUGUCCACCACCAUCCCAGAAGUAAAAGCACCGUGACACUCUCACGGCAGCCCCCGAGUCUGGGGGCUGCCAAUCUGUGGUUUGCAGAUGCGAUGGAAAUCACCGACCAAUGUUGUCUUUAAGAAGAAUGUUCUUAAUAUGUUCCCUAGGGGCAGAAUGAAGGCUUGGGUGCUCAUUCAACCCUCAGCCCACACCCCCAACCUGGUGACUUUCUGUACUUUCAUUCAAGGGUAAUCAGGAGAGUCUCCCAAUUUAUCUGUGUCCUUCCUGGCUGGAAAGUGAUAGCAUUAAAUAUCCCCAAUGGAUGGGUUCUGUUCUCAAAGGGUUCGCCCCUCCCUAUCUUCAGACUCAGUCCUUUCUCCUUCCAUCACAUUAAUGCUGAUAGAGCCCGAAGACAACCCCAGAGUUUUCGCAGGAAAUUCACUGGAAUUGAGCGCAACCGUCUUUGUAGUCCUCCUUGUCCUUUUUUUUUAUUUUCCCUUUUUAAUAUUACUAUGUUGUUGUCAGUAUCAUUUAUUGGGUAUUUGUUUUAAAGACCUCACGAUAAGUUAUUUCCGUCCCCCUCGUUUUUUUUCUUCAAAGACAUGUGGUGAUAUAGUUUUUAAAAAUAACUAUUUUGUUAUAGAUCAUAAUAUGCAUAAAACUGUACAGAAAUAUUUUGUAUUGUAUUGAUUUUAAAAAAAAAGAGAAUCUGUAAAUAAAGUUUUUAAAAAAUGAGAGAGAAUUCAAAUGGCACACACAGAAAGAUGUAGAUAUUUUGCUAUUUAUUUAAAGGAGUAUUUUAAGAGCUAUCGAACUAUCUGAAAUUGACCAGUAAUCAAAAUUCCAAUCAUCCGAAUGCUUUUUCUCGCGGUAAAAAUGUGAUUCUCAAAAACGAUUGCACUACCCGCCCAUUUUUGCACCUUUUCUGUCUUUUCGUUUAGCAGAAAAAUGACAACAACAAAAUUGUGCCUUAGCUGUAUUUUUUUGUCUAGGGGAGUUUGUUUCUGUCUGACAAAGCAAAAUUUUUUGCAGAAAACAGUGGAUGUAUUAAAUACUGUAUCAUACCAAAAACACUGCAGGUGUAUAUAGAUGCUUUCUGUCAUACUGUGUUUUCAGAUGCAGAAUUUUAAAAUUAAAAAAAAAAUACUGUCUUUAUGGAACAGUGGCUUCAUGACAUUUUUUUCAGCGAUGUUGUACAACUUUGCAAAAUCUUGUAUUCUCUUCCCUCAUCUGCACUGGCAAUCCCUUUGUAUAAGGUUAAGUAUAUAAUUUCUCCAAAAUAUCCCAAACUGGGAUACGUUUGAGAUCAAGAGGAGGCAUCAACUGGACGCGAUGCUGAGACCACAGCAGUAAAGCCUUGCUGUCAUCUCUCAACUCGAUUAUUGAACACCCUGCUGCAAAUGAUUCUCCUGGUUGCAGCAGAUUUAAACCAUCGUUGGGUAGAGGAAUGCAAGAAGGAAACACCGUCUAAAGUUGCAAACAGCUUUCUAUAUCCCACUGGCUGGCUCUUAAGCAAACUUGUUUCCCUUUCCUCUUCAUCAAAUAGCUAGAUUGCAUUUCCCAGGCUUCCUGGCUUUUGGAUGUGGCCAUGCAGCCAACUUCCGGCCGACGCAUUGCAGGUGGGAUGGACAGGUGGCAGAUCUAGACUUGACCCAUAAAGACUUCCCACAAGAGCUUCCUCUCUGCCUCUCUUUCUCCCUUCACUGCUCAAAUGU